AAAUUAAGAGGCACCACCACUCAGUCACUCACACACACUCUUCUCUCUCCCUACUCUCUAGUAGUACGUUUUGAGUGUUUUUAAAAUAACAAUCAAUACUUUGUUGGAUUUUCAUGUGAAAUUAAACUAGAUGGGUGAUAGGAAACAGAUGCACACACGUCAUCACCAGUCACCACCACCACUUCUACGUCUCUCCAUCUUCUUCAAUUAUCAAUCUCAUCUUCCACACUACUAGCUCUUUUGCUGAAACAAUAAGCUCUACAAUCCCUCUCCAGUCAAAUUAACAAUGGAGCAUGGAGGAAAAUGCAAUGCAAUUGCUUCCAAAACAAAAAUCUCAACCAAAACCUUAGAGGCAAAACCACAUACCAAAUCUUAUCCAAAAGCCAAACCCGGUUCAGAUCCGACUUUACCUCCAUUCUUGGUCAAGAAAGAAAACCAUAAACUGAGCUCACGUGGCGACCAAGAAACCAAGUACAAGGAGUGCCAGAAGAACCACGCGGUCUCAACCGGAGGACACGUGGUGGACGGAUGCUGCGAGUUCAUGCCUGGAGGAGAAGAGGGCACACUCGGUGCGUUGAAAUGCGCAGCCUGCAGUUGCCACCGGAGUUUUCACCGGAAGGAAGUCUACGAACAUAUAAAUAGUACACAAGAGCUGAUGUCUCCGGCGUUUUACCGCAGUGGCAGCUUGCACAAGGCGAUGAUACAAUCACGUGGAUUGUAUCUUCCGAAGAAGAAGAGGAUAAGGACGAAGAUCAAUGAAGAACAAAAGGAAAAGAUGAAGGAAUUUGCAGAGAGACUAGGGUGGAGGAUCCUGAAGAAAGACGAAGAAGAGAUCGAUAAGUUUUGUAGGUUGGUGAAUCUGAGAAGACAGGUUUUCAAAGUGUGGAUGCAUAAUAACAAGCAAACAAUGAAGAGGAUCGGUAACACUUUGUAAUCUGCAAAAAUGAAACUAAAUUUUGGGUCUAUAAGUUACUUUUGAGUAUGAAUCCGUGAUUAUUUUAUAGGAUUGUAGAUGCAAA